AUGGCUGCGUUGAUGAUGGUUAGAGAUAUAAAACCACGUAACGACGGGAACGAAGAACAUGAACAACAGGAUACUGGUCGGGUUAUUCGAGACAUUAAAAACGUGUAUCCUGAAGUUAUUGAUUUAUUUAGAGGAGUUAAUGAUUCAAUUUCAAAACAUUCUAUAACCCUCGAUGAAGAGAAUAAAUUAACAGAUUAUAUAUUCGUCAUUAUUGCAGAAUUAAUGAAGAGAAUAAAUGAAAAAGGAAUUGGUGAUAUCAUUAAUGUCAGCGAUGUAAUGAUGAAAAGAAAUUUUGACUCAUUAUUUACAAAACCGAAAACAGAAUAUAGUCUUUAUGACGUAAUUACCGAAUUAAUGAAAAAGAUUAAUGAUAAUAAGAGUUCUGGCGGAAGAGUUGAAUUAGAAGUGAAUGAUGUUAAUGAGAAAUUAGCCGAAAAAGCAGACAAAAAUGAGCUUUUAGCUCUGAGUGAUAAAGUCAAGAACCACGUUCAUUAUAUAACUUCAGACGAACAAAUUAUAACGGACUACCAUGGAUAUUUAACACGAAGUGAUGAAGUGAAGACGGAAGACCCCAAUGAAAGAAGAUAUAAAUACAUUCGUGCUAAAGGUUAUGACAUAAGCUGUACUGUACAGUAUGACACGGGUAAAGCACCAGAAGCAUUUAGUUAUAACGAUGAAAUUUAUGCCUCUACUUUCUCUGUUAACGGUGUAUUAGUUGAACCAAGAUUUACAUUGAGAGUUAAGGCAAAAAUAACGUUUGAAGAUGCUAUUAAAAGUAAAGCUGACAAAGUUGAACUUGAAGCAAUGAACAAAGUUUUGAAAUCUCAUAAACACAACAUCUCCGAUAUAAAUGAACUUCAAGCUACAUUAGACAGUAAAGCCGACAAGAACCAUACACAU